GAAGCACGUGCCAGGAUAAACGGAACAUCGGAUAUUUACGUUAAAACUGGGAGUCUCUUGACACUGACCUGUCUGAUGUCCCAAGGUCCUCACCAUUUGGGAACGGUUGCUUGGUAUCGUGGUAACCAAGAGGUUGUUACAUCUCCGCGAUCAGAAAAUGACAUUAACGCGGAACCACGUAUUUCCGUCGAAACGGAAUGGAGUGACGCUCUUACGUCAAGAUUGAGGAUCACUCAAGCGAAAUUGAGCGACUCAGGGAACUACAGUUGCGUACCAACCUUUGCGAAAAAAGCAAGCGUUACCGUUCACGUUAUCAAUGGAGAGCAUCCAGCAGCUAUGCAACACGGUAACACAGCUGCGGGUUCACCAACGUCGAAGACCGUUCUCCUCUUGCUCGCAUUUUUCUUAGGCAGACUAAGAUAAUGUGCGGGCGCAUAAACUUAGACAAAAGUCGGACGAAGGCCUGAAGAAAAUAAAACGGAAUCAUUGGACUCGAUCUUUCGUUUCUUCUGCGAAACAAACGAUUUUCAAAAAUUUGUUAGGCGCGCGAAUUACGAACGAUCUACUAUUCAAUUCGCACCAAAAAAUUCGCCCGAAUUAUGGAACACUACGAAGAGCUUUAUGAAAAAAUAGAACUGGAAAGAAGAGGCUUUUAUCAAUUUUGAGAGGACAUAAAAAUGAUGCGAAGAAUAAAACGAUCGAGUCGACUCGAUAUCUAUCGACGGAUCAACAAACAGAGAAAAAGAAAAAGUAGUGAAGGUUGGCUAGAAAAUAUGAGACUACCAAGUGUGCCGGUUUAUCUUUAAUCGAUUAUCGUCAAUCGAGGAGGUCAAAGUUUAAAGAGAAAAGGGAAAAAAAGGGAAGAGAAGAGAAGAGAAGAGAAGAGUUUAUUCGAUGAAAUCGCGAUGGGACUCUCCGUGGGACGUAGUUUCUCAACAAUAAACGCAAUUUAUAUUUGCGCGCGUUCCCUUCUCGUCCACUAAACGACGAACUCAUAAAUUAUUUCUCCGCGAAUCCGGAUUUUAAUUUCGUCGGCGAUGAAUUGCGUACGCGCUCGUUUGCGUAUGUUGUGAGAUAUUAUAUAUAUACGCAAUAUUCUCAUACGUGAAAAAAUACAGGAAUGUAAAAACACAGACACGCACACGCAUAUACACCAAAUAGAAAGAUACGUAGAAGCAAAGAGAAAUACGUUGUGAGGACGUGGAGAUCGAUCAAAAGAAAACACACGUUAUAUUAUAAUGAUGGCUAACGGGUCCUCCGUUAUCGUAAGAGAGAACUCUACGCAAAACUAUAAAUCAGAAAAGUGCAUAAUAUAGUAUCGCAUGCGCAAACUCAUAAAUCAGAUUAAACCGUGCAUGUAGUCCACCACGCGAGUAAGAAGGAAACGUUUGUUACGUAGGGAUUAUCGAUUCCUUGCUCUACUUGAAAAUCGGAACGUUUUUCUCCUUCUUCCAUUGUUUUCUUUUCUUUUCUUUUCUUUUCAUUUUCCUUUAUUUUCUUCCCAUCUUCAUUUUUCUUACCUUCUCUAUCUUCUUUCCAUGCUUUAAGAAACGUUCUCUUUUCACACGGAGAAUUCGGUAAGAUCGAACGAUGACGAGGACGAUUACGUUUUCCUUCCAAAUUUAGAGAAAAAGAUAUAGAGGAAGAAGAAGAAGAAGAAUAAGAGGAAGAAAAUAUACGAUCGCGCAAGUUUGUAAAAAAGAUAUCUUGAAAAAUCUAUUAGAAGACGAAAUUCCUGGCUUGAUAAAGUGAACUAACCUUUUUGUUCCUCUUUAUUUGUGAAAAACACAACGUGUUCUAUGUAAAGGCAUCGACGUUGUGAAUUCAGUUCGUCUCGAAUGAACGAACGUUCGUGUUUCGAAUGAUCCAGGAAGGAAAAAUAAAAUAUAAAUAAAGUCGCAUGAAAGAGAAGAAAAUAGGAAAAAGGGUUAGGCGACGUAGAUAUAUCGAUGUAAGGGCAUGAUAUUUUUAUUACGGAUGAAAAUUCUAAAUGUGCGAGAAAACUUUCGAAAUUUUAAUGCGACCGAACUGAAUCGCGAAUCGUUUCGAGGAAGAAAAUUGGAACGCGACGGUUGUCAAUAAAUUUAUAAGCAUUUCGAUAUUGGAGAGUCGUACUCGUAUAUUUUCUGCGUGGUAAGUACGUAUAUUUAUGUGUAUAUGUGUGUAUAUAUAUAUAUAUAUAUAUAUACGUACAUACAUAAAACCCGAUGGAUUCCACCUGCAUAUUUUCUUCUUGCACAACCACAAUUUGAUCCUGAUGUUGGGUUCACGAAAGAAAUGGCGAUAUAAACUCUGACAUGGAGCGGUUUAAAAUGAUUUUCUGUUGGCGUACAUCUGCGCAGUUCCGUGCUGAAACGAAUAACGAAAACGGAAAAUAAAUCUUUUCCGAAGAUGUUUGUCGUUUGAUAUCUUCUGUUAGAAGAAACUAACUUACCGUAGUUACAUCGGUUCGGAAGAAAAAUCAAUUGUAUCUUUUUUUUGUGCGCACGUAUCAAUGUUGACCCAGUUAUAAGGAACACAUCUUACCCUUUUUCUCAAAUACAGAUAUCAAAUUUUUAUUGAUAAUACAAAAAAUAAAUAUACAAUGAUAUCAAAGUUAUCUUUACCGAAAUCAUAUUAUAUCUUUUUUUUUCUAUAAGUUAAAAUAUUUAUUAUACUCUCUCUCUUUGAUAUAAAUGGAAUAUUCAGAUACGAUUAAAAUAGUGAUACAUGGAAUUGUGAAAAUUGUAAAAGAUUAUAAAUACCCGGAAAGAAUCAUUGAAAAUUAUCGGAGUGCUUUUCGCGCUAUUCGAGAAGCAUUUCUUCCAAGGGAAAAAGUUUUUUAUCCAUUAUCGUUUUCUUUCAGAGAAGCGGAAAAAGUAUUCGAACUUUCGAUUAAUUUUCUCCAAGAAUAUGAUUAACGUUCUUUCGAACUGCUUUAAAGUACGCUAAGUAAUAAAUCUAGUUUCACUUGGGAUAUCUCGGCCAUAUCCUCGUAACGAAAAUAUGUGAGGAAAAAUCAUUUUCUCGCGUUUGAUGGAAAACGAUAAAUAUUUGAGUGUUUCACAUUAAAAUCCUAUAACUUGUUUAUUACAAACAUAGGAUACAUUUUUUUUUUACACAUAAAAAGAAUGAAGCUUUCAUUUGCCACUUAUGAAAUUAAUUAGACAGUUCCAUUUCGAAAUAUAACCAAUACUGUCUAUUGCAUAUCUUAAAAAACAAAUAUAAUUACUUAUAACUAUCGAAAAAAUGGAUACGAAUCUAGAGAACAUCGUAUACAUCUACGUUACAUAUAUAUCACUUAUUAUCGUAACAAAUCUCUUUAUUCCAUUCAACUUUAUUCCAAAUUUUAAAAAAUUCAAGCAUAAGGGAUUCGAAAUAUUCCGAGCUUUAUGAAAUAUCUCGAAUGAUUUCACGAUAGCUAUUCGUCGAUUUAUACUGAAACGAUGAUAUUUCCUUUUAAACAAGACUGAAUUUCGAAAGAAAGUGAUCAAGAAUUUUCAAUCACAAUUUCUCGAGAAUUUCCUCUUUAAUGAAUAUAUCUUCGUGAACGAUUCUGUUACCCUUACUGGACAUGCGUAUUAAAUAUCGAAUAAAGAGAAAAUAUAAAAUAAAAAAAAAAACAAAAAAAGGAAGAAAAGAUCAUAUCGAAAAAUACGACACGAAUAAGAUUUCGCUAUUACUUAUCGUUACGACUAAUUAGUCUUUCGAGAAAUUACGCGAAUAAAAUUAUGUUUAAGAAACGAAAAUCUUUCGCCGCUAGACGUACUUUUUACGAUUUCGUAUUUUAAUAAAAGGAACACGAUGGCCGAACAAACUCGUUAAUUAAGUUUACGCUCGUAAAGCAAAAACUAUCGUCUCCACGUCGGAACCAAAAACAUAGAAAUUUUAAACGAUGACUGGCUAGAAUAUUUUUAACGAGUCAUAUUCUUGACUUAAACGUAUGAUACGAACAAUUCGGAGAAAAUCCAAGUUCAAGGUUCGAACGUUAAAAACUAACUAAAGGAACAAAACAAAAAAGAACAAAAAAGAAAGGGAGAAAGAGAGAGAAAAUUAAUUUUCUCGUCGGUGCUUUUACAUUUUUUUGGAAAUGGAAAACGUAUAUUCCCGUCCCGUUAUCGGUUAACCAUCGUUUUUGUGGAUUGAACGAUAAAAAGGAAACGGCACUUCUCUGUUGCUUGAUCCUUGAAAAUUUUAAUCGUAUGUUUCAACGCAAACCAGAACUGUAUGUUACAUUUGCUUGAUCGAAUGAAAGACUGCGUUUAUCAGGGAGAAUGAGAGGGAGAAAAUGAAAUGAAAAAAAAUAUCCGCGUCCUCUCCACACUGACCAUAGAGAGAGAAAGAAUAUAAAUGAAUGUAUGAAAGAGAGAAAGUGAACGAGUGAACGAUUCGAGAUAAACAAAAAAUGUUAAGUGUAAACUGAGUGUGUCAAAAAGUAUAGGCUAAGAAUACAAAAAAUAAAAAGAAAAAAAAAAAAGAAAGAAAGAAAUAAAAUAAACAUAACGAACAAAGAAAACGACGACAAACGAAGAUAUCGACGUUGGAGUAGGUAGAAUACAAUUAUCCCUUCAGCAAAAUACUUUCUACUACGGUAUAAGUGUUAAACGAAAUUAACGAAGAAAUAUGAAAAAAUAUUAAAAAAAAAAAAAAAAA